AUGAAGGCCACCUUCGCAGCAAACUGCGGGGUUGGAUGGCCCUUAGACAGUCGAUAUGGGCCAGAGAAGCCAAAGCCGCUGCCAGCACGCUAUCCUUCACAUGCGCCGGGCCAAAAACCUGCCUGGGAAUGCAAGCGCAACUUCAAUCCAACCUGCCCGGACGGCUUCAACUUUGAUGGUGUCAUGUGCCACGAGGCCCGGGAUGGUCCUGCCAUGAUGCGCAUGAUGUGCCAUGCACUGAUCCCAAUCUUUUGCAACAGGAUGGAACCUAUUUGGGUGCCAACAUGUAGCUUGGACAGCAGUGCUGCGUGCUGCAUUUGGCACCAUCAAUUUCUUGAGUCUUCGGAUUCUGUCGUUUUCAUUGUUCCAUUUGAAAUGUUUUGCAUUUUCAUGUCACUGGCAGUGCCUUCUUUCCGAAUCCAAGGAAGAAUUGCCGGUAUCUCAGAGCAACAGCCUUGCCGCCGUGCACCUGCAGGGGUAAGCAUCAGUUGCAAGUUUGCAAGCACAGAACCCGCAACCAUCGUGCAACCCAUGGUCAUCUAUUGCCAUCGCUUCCCAUUUAUGUUCAUUUAA